AUGGGUCAAAGUUCAAAUCUUGAAACAGUUCAACACAUUAAUAACGAUUUUAGUGAUUAUGAUAGAUACGAGGAGAUGACCAUGUACAGGUCGCAUUCACUAGAGAAUAAUAACAUAUUUGAUUCCUUCAAGUGUGUCCUCAAGGAUAUAUACAGGGAUCGGAUCAAGCGUAUCAGGAUUAAAUCUGGGGACAUGGCACGAAAAGAUGGGAAACCCAUCCCCCCAUAUCAUUGUACCUACUUCGAAGGGAUGCAUAACUACCGCCCCAGGCGUGUAUCGGAGAAUAACCGCAGAGUUGCAGAUGCUAAUGGGUCGACAGCAAGGCACACCGCGGGUAGUAUAGGAUUUGACGAGCACCGUAACAACUUAGAGGCAUAUCUGCACGGGAUGGUAAAAAAAUACGAAGAAGACUCUUCAAACCAUAAAGAUGAUGCGGCGGUAUGGGAGGAAACCCAAUUUAGGAGAACAGGAAAGAAGAAUGGUGAUAUCUGUGGCAUUGGAGCAUCAGAUAUACAUUUUGUGAUUUCUGGGACACCAUCUUCACAAUCCACCCAAUCCACCCAAUCGGAUAGUACACAGCAACAGGUUGAUAGGUUGCGUGCACAAGUUUCUACCAUGGAACAACAACUACAACAAAUGAAAGAACAAAUGGAAAUGGUUAUAAGGAUGAUGAAUAUGUCUGGAAAUCAAUCCCGUGGUCCCCUCGAUAAUCCACAUGAGGACAAUUGA